GACAUGCCCCAAGACCCGGCAAAGUAGUGAUGGCUUCCGGGUGGCGCUGCGGGAGCUUUUUCUUAGUGGGCGCCCACAUCAAAAUGGCGGCGAGGGCGCCAAAUACGAUUUGUUUGCGCUGAAGAGGUGCAAGCGAAGGCUAGCCAGAGCGGCACCACCAUGGAUGUCUCCGCCAGUAUGAAAUCGCUGCUGCUGGCCGCAUCCCAGUACCGGGCUGCGCAUACGCAACCUAACGCAGCGCUCUUGCAGCGGAGCUUGGAGGUUAUUUCAGGAUUGAAGUUGACAAGAUUGUUUACAUCAAACCAAACUUUACCAAAUGAAUGUCUCAGCUGUUUGGUAGAACUUGUUGAUGACCCAAACACAAGUUCUCAGUUAACCUUAACUCUGGUUGGUUUGCUCUCUCAGCUAGUUUCAGACAAUGAGACCAGAGAAGCCCUUCACAAUACUUACAAUCUGAGUAAUGUUCUAGCAAAUGUGGUUCAUCGGAAUUCUAUCAGUCCUACUGAUCCAGUGUUACUACCGAGUAUUCAGCUGAUGCAGAAACUGACCUACAAUGUAAGAGUAUUCCAUGCUAGUUCUAAUAUUGAUGAGUUAAUUUCAUUCCUUAUGCAUCACAUUCAGUCCACAGAAGAUGAGCUAACAAUACCAUGUCUUGGACUUAUGGCAAAUCUGUGUCGACAUAAUCUGUCCAUUCAAGCACACAUCAAAUCAUUGACCAAUGUGAAGGGUUUCUAUCGCACUCUGAUCAGUUUCUUGGCUCACAGUAGCUUAACGAUGGUUGUCUUCACACUUUCAAUAUUAUCGAGCCUUACACUAAAUGAAGAAGUUGGAGAAAAGCUUUUCCAUUCCAGAAACAUUCAUCAGACUUUCCAGUUGAUAUUCAACAUUCUUGUGAAUGGAGAUGGAACACUGACAAGGAAGUAUUCUGUUGAUCUGCUUAUGGAUCUCCUGAAGAACCCUAAGAUUGCAGAUUAUCUUACAAAAUAUGAACAUUUUAGAUCAUGCCUCAAUCAGGUAUUGGGCCUGUUUCAUGGAAGGGACCGUGAUUCUUCAGCAAAGGUGUUGGAGUUACUUCUUGCCUUCUGUUCAGUACCAGAACUCCGUCAUGUCUUGUGUCAAGCAAUAUUGGAGCCAAAUAUGGCAGGCUGUGGAAGUACAAGACUUGCAUCUCGAUCUAAGCCUUCAGAACCAUCUGUUCUUCUAGUGCAUUGGUCAAAUCAGCCACUGGAAGCAUCUGAAAACUGCUCAGUUCUGGCCUUGGAACUGUUUAGGGAGAUAUUUGAGGAUGUUAUUGAUAUGGGCCACUGUGCUAUGGCUGAACGUUUUGUGGACCUUCUUUUGCCGGUUCUUCUUGACCAUCUUCAUGUUCCAGAUAAUUCCCUAGAAGACCUGUUGCUAAAGAAGAAAUGUGAAAAAAUUAUGAAAGCCAUUGACAUCUUGAUAACGCUUUGUGCAGAUGACAUGUUAAAAACACAUGUUAUGAAGGUUCUAACAGCUAGCCAGUGUACCUGCUUGAUAGAACACCAUUUCACCUGCAGUGGGAUUGACUUUGGCUUUGGAACUAAGUUAAUAGACUCUGAACUGAGCAAGCUUGCUGCUGAGGUAAUAUUAAAAACACUGGAUCUUAUGAGCAAGCUUAAGCAGCUGGUUCCUGAUAUGGAAGUGAGUUUUUACAAAAUUCUUCAGGAUCAACGUUUGGUUACGCCUUUGGCUUUUGUUUUAACAUCAGACCACAGAGAGCAAGUACAAGCAGGACUCAAAAUACUAUUUGAAGCAGCCCCAUUGCCAGAUUUCCCUGCAUUAGCGCUUGGUGAAAGCAUUGCAGCCAAUAAUUCUUACAGACAUCAGGAAGCAGAGCAUGUACCUAAAAGGAGCUACAUGCAUGCAGCUACAACCUGUGUUAAUUCAAUGAAGGGUUCUAUUGUUUGCCCUCCAAAUGAGGAUGCUGCAACUUUCAACAUUCAGGACCUGAUACAGAAACUUCAAUCAGGCUUGGAGAUGAAGGAAUCAAUAACAGAUGUAAGGAUAUCUGAAAUAAUGGAUGUGUAUGAGCAAAAACUAUCUGCAUUAGCAUCCAAAGAAACUAGAUUGCAAGACCUUUUAGAAGCAAAGGCAUUAGCUCUUGCUCAAGCUGACAGACUCAUUACCCAGUAUCAUUGUCAGCGAGCUCAAGCUGAGUCGGAGAUUAGAACCCUGGCUUCUAUGUUGAAGGAUGCCGAACGCAAAAAUGAAGAUUUUGAAGCCUUAAUGAAAGCACAGCAGGUAGAAUCUGAACGGACCCAGAGUGAUAUUGAACAACUGUUUCAACACAAUAGGAAACUGCAAACUGUAGCUGAAGAGCAUGAGAUACUUAAAAGAUCUUCCAUUGACCUUCUUCAAAAGCAUGAAAGCACUGAAAGACAAUAUAAAGAUCUGCAAGUGACAUAUAAUUCUUUAAAUAAACAGCUAGAGACUAUUAAAAGGCAGAAUGAAUCGCUGAAGCAACAGAAUGACAAAACUGUAUCUCAGCUGCUAGAAACCGAAGAGCAUAGAAAAGAAUUAUAUAAACAGCUUCAAGAUAAAGAAGGAGAAGUAUCAAGUUUGCAACAAAAGAUAAAAGUUCAGGAAGAAAAACUUAAAGCAAGUGAGAAGGAAAAAACUAAUAUGGAAGAGACUGUAGACAUCCUUAGAAAAGAACUAAGUAGAACGGAGCAGACAAGAAAAGAAUUGAGUAUUAAGGCAUCUUCCUUGGAAGUUCAGAAGACACAAUUGGAAGGGCGACUGGAAGAAAAGGAGGCCUUAGUCAAGCUCCAGCAAGAAGAGCUGAAUAAACAUUCUCACAUGAUAGCCAUGAUCCACAGUUUAAGUGGUGGUAAACUAAGUGCAGAGACUGUUAACCUCAGUUUAUAGAACAUGAUUAUCUAGAACUACUUCAUCCAAAAAGCCAACUAAAAUUAAUGUAAAUCUUCAGUAUUAUGUAAAGGAAAUUCUAUUUCUGGUUAGUCUUGAAUGUUAUUCUGGUAAAGAUUGUGCCUUUUUAUAGUAUAUAGAUCAACUUCUUUCUCGAUGACUCAACUGUCCCACAUGUAUCAGCUGCAGUAGGGACCUAAUUUCCUGGCUUGAUAAAGCAGUUUUCUAUUGUUAUUUUGAAAAGCAGCAGACAUCUUUGGUACACAUCAUUCACAAUGGGAAUUGGGAAUGAUGAUCCACUUCUAGGCUGAUUUUUACAAGUAUGGUUUUUUAAAAUAUCAUUUGAAAUUGCUGUGUGUACAGAAAGUUGUAAAGCAAAAUCCAGUUAUUAAGGGGAAAAUAUACAAAGCUGCUUGUAUCGCAAGAUAAGAAAUUUACAAUAUUGCACUACACUUUAUAUUGCUAAUAGAAGUGUCCUAGCCUAUUCAUCUGUUUUUUUCUAAUCUCCUAAUAAUAUGUUAAUGUCUAAUUUCAGAAACUGUUAUUUGUAUUUGACUCAGUCUUUUAUUUUUCUGUGUUGAAUACUGUUCAGUCCUUUGCAGUAUUUCUCUUUAGUUCUCUGAAAAUAUCUGUUUUAUCUGAAGCAGUCAAUACUGCCAUCUUUAUUGUAUCAGGCUGUAUACAGUCACUUUUGGAUUUUCAUGACGUAACUAUAUUUCUCACACUUAGGAGCAGAGAUAAUUUUAUACACUUUUGAACCAUUGUCUAAAUAUUUAAUAAAUCAACUCUGCCUAAAGUAAUGGCCUUUGAGAACAUAUAUUUAAAGUCAACUUUGUCUGGAAAGGCAAAAGCAUGCAUUUAGCUAAGGUUCAAUGUAUGUCCCUUGUGUAUUUUAAUUCAAAAAAUAAUCUGCCAGUAUUUGGAGACACCAAAAUUCUAAAACUCUUAUUUCACUUAGUGCACUGAUGUUAAGCUGUAACAUCAAUAAAUACCUCUUAAAUGUUUGGCUUUUUCCCUUUAGUAGCUGUAUCUUAAUCUUUUACUUUGCUGUUUGGACUUGAAUCAAUUACAUUUUACAAAACUUCAAACUAAUUGUUUCCAGUUCAGUAGUAAUUCUUAGCUUUUUAAUGAAUGGAUAGCUUUUAACAUUUUAAUGAAAUAGUUAAUUUUCAUAUAUGUCUUUUCAUAACCUUUUUUCUAGAUACCGUUUGUCUUUGUGAAGGGAAAUAAAAAUUGACUCCA